AUGCUCGAUCAAUUAGUUGGUUUAUCAAUGCUUGGUGUAGCUACAGUUGUUUUCACUUAUUAUUCAACAUGGGUAUUCAUUUUACCUUUUGUUAAUGAUUCUAAUAUCAUCAACCAAUUCUUCUUACCAAGACAAUACGCUAUAAUUAUUCCAUUAUUGUUAUUAUUGAUCGGAGGUGUAGGAGUUGCCUCAUUCAUUGCAAAUGUUAUGAUCAAAGAAGCUCAAAAGAAGAAAUUAAAAAGUAAGAAAGAUUAG